ACUGACACACGCGCCUUCGUUACACACCGAGAAAAAAAACACGCUCUACCGAUUUUUAGAGAAAAAUUUAAGUCAAUAGUUCAGUGGCAGUGUUAGUGGCCAGUAUUAAAUUUGAUAAAUCGUUAACAUAUUUAAUUGAUUACUAAUAUCUUUGUUAAAUCGACUUUAGUGCUGUGAUGUAACGAAACGUGUUUUUGUAAAAGGCUUAAUUAUUUAAUACAAAUGUAUAUAUUUUGCAUAAUGUGUGAACGAUAGAUAUAUUUCAAUUGCAUGGAAGGAGUGAUAUAGUUACGUCUUGCGUAACUCAUCAUAAACUAGGGGGUGUAGUGCCGUGGUGGCGCGGUGAUGUCGGCAUGGGGGCGGUGCUGCCGCUGGCGCUGGCGGCCGUGCUCGCGGCGGUGAGCGGCGCGCGCGCACUGCCCGCCGACCCCAAGACUACCGCGCCCCCCGUGUCCUUAACGACCCCCAGCUCUCCCCAGACAACGGGCCCUGCGCCGCCCAUACAGCACGCGCAACCACUAUUAGAGGAGGAAGAAGAUCUGCCACACCUCGACUACUACGAUGAAGAACGCAUCAAUAUAUCACAGAAGGGCAUGUACCUGGGCUCGCCGUGCGAUUCCUCGUGCAGCCCGAAACUGGUACACGUGUACUGUGAGCCGUCCACGCUGUCCUGCCAGUGCGACCCCAAACAUCCCGUCGCGCUCGGGCCUACUAAAGGCUGUGCCAGGCCGAAGAAGCUUGGCGAGCAAUGCUUCUACCGGCAGACGUGCCGCGCGUUCGACCCUCAUGCGUCGUGCGUGCAGGUCAACCACAACGCGUACUGCCAGUGCGAGCCCGGCUACCACAGCACCACGCACACGCGCCCCGUGCCGCGCCUCUUCUGCACCGAAGAUAUGGUGUUGCUGACGGCGGACAUGCCCACGCUGCUGGGCGUGGCGUCGGGCAUCUUCGUGUUGGCGGGGCUGCUCUGCAUGGUGCUGCAUCUGUACACGCGCGCCCGCUACCAUCCCGCUCACCUCGCCGAUGCCCGCCUCACGCCACCCUGUCUCUACUCGCUCAACGAUACCGGGGGCACACUGAGCGCAACGCGUGCCUCAUCGCGCGCGUCAUCACGCAGCGGCUGCACGAGCGGCUGCACGUCGGGCACGCUGGAGGGCGGGCGCGGGCGCGGGAUAGGCGCGUCGCGCGCAGGUUCGCGACGUCCAAGUCUGAACUCGGUGCAGAGCAGCUCGUCGUCGAUCAGGAGUUACAGCGCGAAGCGUUGGGAACGCGAGCGCGAGCAAAAAGAACGCCGGCAGAUGAGCAUGCGGUUGGCGCAGCUGCACGACAAGAUGGCCGCCGGGCGCGAGCCGCCGCGCCACGCACCCACGCCUUCGCCGCGCUCGCCCAACAACUCCACCGACGGCCUGCUCCCCGCUGUUUGUGAGAUAAGAGAAUUAAUAACAAAUUCGGAGCAACAGCUGCAGGGGGUUGACGGGCCGUGCUCCAGCUCAUCGCUUUACUGACCCCAACCACGGGGAACGACCAACCGACGGUCCUUAGAUUCCCUCUCCUCUAACGGCGCCCCCGCCCUCGCCUGGAUGUAGCUACCGAACGAACGGUAUCAAGAACGAACGAAAGAACUGUAGUGCUCGAUGGAGUUGGACGAAUGAACUGAGCUGUGAACUGAACUAUUUGAUAGACGGUAUUGUGAGAAACAUUUUACAAGUGAUGUAGUGUUUGAUAAAAAGAUUUUUGUAAGCUCGCAGUGUCGCUACUUCUGAGAUGAUUUAAUGGAUUCUGAGCAUACUCGUUCUUCAUUCUACGUUCUAUAGGUUAUAUGUUAACAGCGAUAAGAAAAUAAAACGAGAAUACUGUUAUAUUUCUUAAAAAUAAAAAUCAUAAUUAAUUCAUAAUAGAACUGUUGAGUAUAUACAAUUGGAGGUGUGUUAAAAAGGUCUAAAACUGAAUUGUAGUGUGAAAUACGACAAUACCUCCAAUAGUAUAUUAUUUAAGUAUAAAUCACAAUCCCAUAAACCUCCAAACAGGAACACCAUAUCGAAUUAAAACGAUAAUAAUGUAACUAGAUAAUUCAACAAUUUUAAACUUCGCGGCCUGUGGUUACUACACUAAAAUAAGAUUAUACCUGGUGUUGCCAUCAAUGUGCAAUAUGAAACGAUAUUUUUAGUAUUUCUUAUGAUUCAAUGACCGGAAAUAUUUUUGAAAAAAAAAAACAUUUUGCCUAAGUGUGUGGCAUAAUAUAAUAUGCUUAUAAAUCUCAUGGCACUGGUCGUUGUGACUAACAAUAGUUAACAUUUAAAAAUUUGAAACUGAUUUAACGAAUAAUAUAAAAGUAUUUUUAAUGGAAAGCUUGAAAGCUACUAGAUGAUGCACUGUGGAGUCAGAUUAAACACUAUUAAAGAAUCAAUGAAAUGCUUGUAUAAAAUUAAAUAAUAAAGGCCUCUGUAUCUUAUUUUGAUAAAUGAACAGAUAAAAUGUUGAUAUAACAUAACCGUCCGUUUCAAGCUCAUAGGGUAUGGUUUUGAUUAGACUUGUCAUGAAUACUGAUGGUCACAUGACUUCUUACCGCCAAGUAUUUAUUUCACCGCGAUAAUUAAAUCAGUCAGAUGUGAAGACAGUCUUGUAUCGCUAUCAUGCCAUAACCUAAACAAUACAAUUAUUGAUCUUUAAUAAUGUUCAAUCUAACAAUUCUGCCAACCCUUAACUGGGUGUGUUAGAUAUAGGAUAAUUAUGUAAU